AUGCUGGCCAGCCGCGUGGCGCGACAGGCCUGGCCAGCCCCGCCGUACCGCGCCUUGUGCCGUGCCAAUGCAACGGGCAAGGCUGCCACAGUCCCCACAUUGGGCCAGAAGCUUCGCGGACAUGGGCCUGAUGGCUGGCAAGGCGCCGGUUACAAUUAUGACAAGGCGGCGCCACAGCUGGGCCCUGAGCUGCGGGAGCUCCUGGUUCACUACGGCCAGCUGUGCGAGGCAGGUGCCGCCUCGACGGACUCAGCGCUGCGGUCGAUGCGGGGCGGCAUCGAGCGCGCGUGUGAUGGCGGCGCCGCCACCUAUGACCGCCUAGGUCUCGACCCCGGGGACCCCAGCUGGGGUUACGCCACAGUCCCUGCGGACCAACUCAUCGCGUACCUCACACAAGACUACCCCCUGGCACCCAACGCCAAGAAGGACGAAGCCACUCCGCUUGGCACCAAAGACAUCUACUCCCUGCCACCGCCGACCAGCGACGGCCUGAGCCCGCUGAUCUACGCGCUCCCUGGCCAGCACCACGCCCUGGACGGCGGCGGCCAAGAGGGGAAGUUGUGGGGCCCCGUCGAGCGGCUCGUCGACUUCCUGUUCAGCAAGGCAUCCCGCAUCCCUGUUGAGGUCAUCUUCGGGUCCAGGCCCCUGUUUGUAGAGGACCCUGCUACUGGGCGCGGGAAGGUUGAGCGGCCGGCGUUCAUGGGGUACGUAGCGGUGUCAACGCCGCAGGGGCCGGGCCAAGAGGUGGACGUCGCGUUCGUGUGGCGGGGGACAAUCUACAAGGAGGAGUGGGAGAGCAACUUUGCACAAGACAGGCUGGUCAAGUUUGACCCGGAACACCACGACGACGACGAGACCGCCAAACCCUGGGAGGUCGGGGUUCACGACGGGUUCGGAGAUCUGUACAUCCGCAAAGCCCAGCAGCCAAUUGGGAACACCGGCGAGCUCGGGCAGCCGGAGUCGCCGCACCAGGUCGUGCGCGCGUGGCUCGCCCACCUUUUGAGGAGCCACAACGUGACCACGAUCAGCACCACGGGCCACAGCCUCGGUGGGGCGCUGUCAACGGUCUCGGCCUUUGCCAUCGGACGGGAGCUCGAUCGCCUGUGGGCCGUGGGCAAUGAGAGCGAGCGCGCCGACUUCAAGGUCAAGGACAAGCCGACGGUCACGGCGUUUGCGUUUGCGCCGCCCAGGGUGGGGAACUUCACCUUCCUGAAGGAGUUUUCCGACACGCACAGGGUCAAGGAGCUCAGGGUCUGCAACAAGGGGGACGAGGUGCCACGCAUCCCUGGGUUCUGGGUGCAGACCCUCACGUUUUUGGCCGACCGCGUCCACUGGGACGCGUACAGCGACAUGGACUCGCGAGGGGCGCGCAUCUUUGCGCAGUUGUACUAUGCGGCAACGAAGGUCUCCGCCAAGCUGGGGUUCCCUUCGAGCCGGUGGGGUUACUUCCACGUUGGUGCCAUCCUUGAGAUCGACUCUGACAAGGACUUUGGCGGCGUGGGGGUCACGCCCGCGGGGAGCUUCGGGCCGCACCACAACCUCGAGGUGUACCUUUACCUGCUCUCCAAGCUCGGCACGGCGGACGGCGCGACCAGCCGUAACCCCCUCCUAAUCAACAAGGGGGAUGACAUUCUCGCUGACAAGGCGCUCCCAGCAAACUGGUGGAGGUACGCCCGCAUGAGGGGGUGCCGGCUGAAUGCCAGUGGCCGCUGGGAGCACGAGCCGCCCGCCACCGCCGCCGCCGCGGCCAGCACCGGCAUUGGCGGCGGCCAGCAGCAGUGA